AUGGAUAUCAACUUGGCAAUGGACAUGGAUCUCGACUACGGCCAAGAUGCACAGACCGUCAACGCCAUGGAGCAGCAGCAACAACAACAGCAGUCCAUCGGGAUGGAUCUCACGGCCAGCAACGGAUCGUACACCCCUCAGACUCCCCAACAGCAACAGCAGCAGCAAGAUGCGCCAAUGACGGGCGCCGGGGCAGGACCACUGCCUACAGGUUUUGGCAUGUCCGUUCCCCAGAGCACCAGUACACUGACCGAAUUCACCAAGCGGCGGAACUGGUCGCAACGCAUAAUCGAAGAGCUGAAAGACUUCCUCCACAUCCUCACCCCCGAUGGGCGAAUACUCUACGUCUCACCCUCUUGCAAGUCCAUUACUGGCUACGAGUCGCACACCCUCGUCGGCCGAUUCAUCGCCGAAUUCGUCCACCCCGACGACAGUGGCAUCUUCAUGCGCGAGUUCAACGAGAGCAUCGCGAGUGGCAACAGCCUGCGCUUCUUCUAUCGCUUCAAGAAAGAUGACGGGACAUAUGUGAUUUUCGAGUGUGAUGGACACCCCCACCUCUCCGCCGAUCAAGGGAACAACGGAGGCAUGAGCGGUAGCCCCAACUCAAACAUGCAGCAAACCUCCUCUGCCGGCUCUUGCAAAGGCUUCUUCAUGAUGGCCCGUCCCUACCCGACCAAGAACGCCGCCCUACUCGACUCCUUCCUCGAACACAAGAUUGAGAAUGAGCGCUUGAUGCGACGGAUAGACGAACUCAAGCGGGAAGAGGCGCAAGAGAAUGCCGAGCAAGAUCGAUUAUACCGUGAACACGCGGUCACGUCCAAGAGCGGCGCGACUCCCUCCGAGUCGAACUCUCGAGCACCCGCAGAUACGAAUUCCGAGCCACCUCUGGAUUAUCAGGGCAUGCCGCCGCCUGCAAAACCCCCAGUGUCCAACACCGCCCUUACGAGGCAGAACCUGGACAGCGCGCUGUCGUCACAAAAACCGGAUAGUAUCGCAGACAAAAUGUCGCGCUACGAGGCCAACAGCACGCAUCUCGAAAGCAUCGAGUUGCUCACCGGCCUGCGCUAUCGCGACGGCGAGCGCAGCCACGGCAUCAGCACUGGCGACACCUCGCCCGCGCUCAUCCGCGGCGAUGCGGGGAUUGCGAUUCUCGUCGACCGCGACCGGGACGGACUGAAGAAAGACAAGAAGAAGCUGAAGGUGGCGGAUGAAUACGUGUGCGCCGACUGUGGCACCCUCGAUUCACCCGAAUGGCGUAAAGGACCACGCGGGCCGAAGACGUUGUGCAAUGCGUGCGGUCUACGGUGGGCGAAGAAGGAGAAGAAGGAGAAAAGAGGCGGCGGGGACGAUAGCAGUCCGGUGCACCCGUCUAGCGGCGCAGGCAUGGGUGGCAUGGGCAUGGGGGGUGUCCCACAGCCUGGCUUGCACAUGCACAGCUCCGCUGGCAGUAGUGGGUGA